AUGAAUUACACUCAAUGUCCAGCUAGGGACGAUAUUGAGGAUGAAGAGGAGCUCAAGAAACAUGAUAAUGAGGGCUGUGUCAUUUGUAUGGGUAUGGAAGAUUCUGACGAAGAAGAGAAACCAGGUGGGUAAUACAGGAAUACAUAUUUUUUGGUUUUUGUUUGGUUUAGUAUGGAAGAAAUUUUUAUAGUUUUGGUUUAUAUUAUUAUAGGUGAAACUUGCUCUCGGGCUCGUAUUUUUGGUGUUUUGAUGCAAUUUGUUAAGAAACUAGCAAGAAUAGAUAACAAACUUUAUUUUGAAGCUGUAAAAUUUUUAAAAAAUUAAAGUUUAAAUGUUUUAGGACCAUCAGUAGCUCCAGAGCCAGAAGAAACCAAGCCAUUACCUGAAAGUCGAAAAAGAAAGCCGGAGGUUGACGAUGGGCUUUUGGAAUUGCCGCACAAGAAGGCCUUACAUAUGUUGAAGAAGACUGAAGGAUUGUCAAAGUACGUUUUUAUUGUUUUUGUUUGAUUUUUAGGUAUGAAUUAUGUUGUUGUAGAAGUGGAGGAAUUUAGACUGAUUUUUGGUUGUAAAAUGAUCUUUUGGGCAUUUUAAAAUGCGCAAAGUGUUAUUUUUAAUGUCUGAAAUGUUAAAUUAUUGUUUAGAUAUCUACAAGGCUGAAAAAUAGUGUUUUAUAUAGCAGAAAUGACGAAAAAUAGUGUGGUAGGUGUCUAAAUUGCUAAAAAUCUUGUUUUUUUUGGCAGUUUAAACGCUAUAUUUUGUAUUUUUUUAUGAGUUGGAUAUCCAAACAGCUAGUUUUAAUCAUAUCCUUUAUUUCCAGACCAGCAGCAGCCCUAAAACUUCUCGAAAAGCGUCGUGAAGUAGUGUUAACCGACAAAAAUAAGCCAGAACCUUCAAAAGUCGAAGUAUUAGCCAGAGAUAUGCCAUUUGCCCCAAUUUACGUUCCAUUACCUAAAGACGAACAUGGUCGAUUCAGGAAUUCGGCUUUGUCAGUGGAAGAUCAUCGAAGAUACGUGGCUAUAAUAACUAAUAACUUGAAGCCAGAGAGUGCUGCCAGGUUUCAAACGAAUAAUCUCGAGUUGAAGGGGUAUGAUGAACAGUUAUUUGAGGAGAGAAACUACUUUUAUAAUCUGGCAAUGGAGUGGGCAAACAAUAUGAAAGGGCAUCCAUAUGCGUAUGAGUCUAAUGGCAGUAGGGCCUUCUUUUUGGUAGGUUUUGGCUGUUUAACUAUGAUUUUUAGAAAGUUUGUUACCUAAAUUUCGUUUUUGGCUAAGUUGUUUCCUAAAAAUUAUAAUUUGGUCAAGUUGUUACCUAAAAUUUAUUUUUUGAGUCACAAUGAUAUUUCAUCUUAAGUUUUUGGUCAAUUUGUUCAAACUAAAACAAUUUUUUCAGAAAAAACAAAAACACCGUUUCGAAGCCAUCGAUGACCUGAAGUUUGGCCAAUGUAUCAAGGCUUUAGAUUGGGUUUCCAAGCCCAAAACAGAAUCAGCCCAACUGUUGCGGCCGAAGAUUGUUCAAACUAUAAACGAAGGCAAGAUUCCAAAUGUCAGGAUUCCAGAUCCAAGACGGAAAUGCUUUAUCUCAGCCAAUGCUAGUCAAAUCGACAAGAAAUUCGAAAAUGAAAAAACAGAAAAAAUUGAAAUCGAAAAAGAUGACAUUGCAAAAGAUUUGGCAUUUCAAAAGAACCUGGAUAUUAUCAUGGAUGGCUGCACGGUGCGAACGUUGAUGACCGACCCAUAUGUGUUUAGGAAUCAACAAUACGGGUUUAAGGUGGAGGUGAAUAGGAAAGCGCAUCAAGGUAGGUAAAGUUUUUUUUUGUGUUGAAGUUUAGGUAUCAAAUUGAAUUUGGCAUAAAGAUGCAUUUAUGACUUGAAAAUGCAUGUUCAGGCGAAAAAACGCAUUUACAGGCUUAAAAGUGCACUUUCAGGAUUAAAAAUGCAGCUUUCUUCCUUAAAAAAUUAAUCAUUAGUCUUAAAAAUGGUUCUUUGGGCUUGCAAAGGCAUCUUUAGGUUUAAAAUGCAUUUUUAGUUCGAAGUUGCAUCUUCAGGCUCAAAAAGGCAUUUUUAGGCUUAAAAAUGCAUAUUUAGGCUAAUCAGUUUAUCUUUAGGUUUAAAAAUUCAUAUUUAGGUUUAAAAUGCAUCUUUAGGCUUAAAAAUGCAUGCAAGUUAAGUUUUUACAUUUUUACAAACUUUCUUUACAUAAAACCGCAUUUUCAGGUCAAUUUCGAAAGUUCAUAACCGUAUCCAAGCCCUUCUACACGGACAAACUCAACCCAAUCACGGUGGAGCGACAGUACAUCAAAUGGGCACUAAAAGAGUCAAUUCGGAACGAGCAGAAACGUGAAAAACACGUGAAUAAACCGCAUAUAAAGGAACAGAAGAUGGAAAUUGACGAAAAAUUGAUAGAAGCUCGAAAAGUUGUGUCAGAAGUCAAGAAUAUGGAUUCAGACAUUAAGAAUAAGGAUUCAGAAGGCAAGAACAAGGAUUCAGACGUAAAGAAUAAGGAUUCAGAAGUUAAGAACCAGGAUUCAGAUGUUAAGAACAAGGAUUCACAAGAUAAAAGUAAAGAUUCAGAAACCAAAAAUGACAAAAUCAAGAUGGAAACGUUGCAUAUUGAGGAUGAUCGCCCGAUUCCACAGAAUUAUGUACCCUUCAAACGACGAACGACUAAGAAAAAGGAAAUUCAGCCUGAGGACAUCAAGCAAGAAGAAAAGAAUGGCACUGACAAUCUAUUGGACGACAUUUUGGGAUCCAUGGGCGUGGAUUGUGGUAAGGUUUUGGCUAUAAGCUGUUGCACGGUGCAAUGGAAUGUUUUGAUUGCACUGUGCAGUUUCACAUACAAGGCUUUUUGAAAGUUGUGGCAUUAGAAAUGGCAGUAUCUUUUUUUACAGAGUUAAAAAUGGCAAAAACUUUCUUUACAAAACAAAAAAUGACAAGAACUUUCUUUACAGAACGAAAAAUGGCAAGAACUUUCUUUACAAAAUUAGAAUGACAAAAAAUUUCUUUACAAAACAAAAAAUAUUAAUUAUUCAAAUUAUAAAAGCUUUCAUUUUAGAAAAAUCAGCUCCAUCGAUCAAGUCCAACUACCGGUACUCAGUCCUUCGAAUUGGCGAAGACGUGAAGAGCCGGCUUUUAAUCCGAACCAAUAACCAUGGCCGUGAUCACGACGGAGAAGUAAUGUCCCUAAGCAUCAAGUCCGAGUACCUACCAUCACUAGGAGCGGAAGUGAUCCAUGAAGAAGAGGAGAUUGCCAACUUCAUGACAACCUUACUCAAAGACAGCCAAAAACAUCUUGUCUUCAGAGUCUACGCUCACAAUAAGGCUGUCCUUCAAAUCGAACGAAAAAAGCCGGCCAAUAUGUACUCACACUUUGAAGAUAACACAAAACAGUUACUGUCACAUCGAUGUGAACGAUUCACAGCGCUUCUGGAGUACUUGAAGACCUUGGAAGUGGGAAAGUAUCUGUUUAUAAAGAACAACAACGAAAUGGAGGUUUUUAGCGAACAGUACGAUGGAGAGUAGGUUGAUUUGUUGCCUAAAAAAUUAUUUUUUUAAAUUUUUUUACUCAAAAAGUCAUUUCUUUAAUGUUUAUACUCAAAAAUUAUGGUUUCUCGAAAUUUGUUACCUAAAAAUAUUUUUUUUUCGAAAAUUGAUUCAAAAAAUUUUUUAUUAAAUUUGUUACUUAAAUUUUUUUUUUGCAUAUUUAUUACCUAAAAAAUUUUUUUUGUUAGCAAUUUUUUGUUACCUAAAAAUAAUUUUUUUGGAAAUUGUUACUUAAAAUUGUUUUUUUUUAUUUGUUACUUAAAAAUGAUUUUUUGCAAAGUUUGAUACCUAAGAUAUAAUUUUUUCAUAAUUUAUUACCUAAAAACUGAUUUUUUCAUGUUAAAAAUAUUUUUGUUUCUUUUAUACUGUAUUUUUUUAAAAAUAUUAUAGAUCUUUGAAAUUUAAAAAAUUUUGGGAGUGAGAUCGGGCAUCUUCAUUAUAAAGCUAAAAGCGACCUUUUUCUAAUUUAAAAAAUUUUUUUAAUAAUGCCAUUUUAGACCAACCUACACGAGUGCCAAGAUCUUCUACGAAGUGACCAAACGUUUGUUGCGAUUACCCAGGAAACGCAAGAACAAAUGGAGAAAACACCAUGAAAAUGGUGAACCACAAUAUGAAGAAAAGCAUGAUGAGGAGGAAAAUGAUGAAGAACAUCAUGAUGAUGAGGAUGAACAUUAUGAUGAGAAUGAAAAUGAUGAAGGGCAUAAGGAUGAGGAAGAAAAGAAUAAAGAACAUGAUGGUAAGGAGGAAAAGGGUAUAGAACAUGAUGAAGAAGAAGGAAAGGAUAAAGGGCGUAAGGAUGAGAACGAAAAGCGUAAAGAAAAUGAUGAUGAUGAAGAUAAACAUAAAGAAGAAAAAGAAAAUGAUGGAGAACACAAAAAUGGUCAAAUAGAAGUUAAAAUAGAAGUAGAUGGUGAUGAAACGGAUUCACAAGGCUUUGUUAUUGAUGAGGAUGAUUCAGAUGGUCGUAACGAUGAAAAUAAGGAUUCAGAAGCUUGCAACGGUGAAGUCAGCGGUUCAGAAGGUCGUAACGAUGAAAAUAAGGAUUCAGAAGGUUUCAACGCUGUCAAAAAGGAAACUGAAACCCCUCUAAAAACCGAAAACGGAAACUCAACUCCAACUGACGAAAUAAGCCUUCUGAUCAGCCAAAUCGGCGCAGGCCUACCUCAACCUCAACCCAAAGCACCAUCAGUAUCGGAAGUCGAGAAUCGCUUUGGAGACGCGAAGGUAAUCUUACGAAAACCCUCAGUAACUCAAGAAGAACUGGAAAGAACCUCAAAUCCUCAUGAAAUGCUGGGAAAACCUUCUGAUCUAUACCAAGGUAUCAACGUCCGAAUCCCGUUGGUAUGGCAGAUCGUACAGUCCAGAAUCCCGGGUUCAUUACCUCCUGCUAGGCCCAUAAAACAGGCGAACUAUAAGGGCAAGAACAAAGGGAAAUGGAAGAAUAAGAAGCCACAAAAAGCCGGUGACAACGACCUUUUUGGAUCUCAGAUAUUGUAG